GGUGUAUAGUAAAAACCCACAGCAACAUCACCAUAAUUUAUGUACAAUAACAGAAUAAUUUGCAGAAAACCGAAGAAGUGCUGCUACAUAAAUGGACAAAAUAUGCGAAUGGAAUGCAUGCAUUUAACGAAGAUUUUGGGUAUUUUUCAUAAACCAUUAGAACAGCCAUGUUACAAGAAGCAAACCUGAUGUUGUUGUUUACUCUUAUUGAAAUUUAGUGAGAGUAGAGAAGAGUGCUUUAAAAUGUGAGUAAUCUCCACUUAAAAGAUCCUACACAGGGUGAUAUUACCAUGAAACUGUGAUACACAUUUGACAGAGAUUCAGUGGAAGGGGCCCAAUGAAAGAACUUGUACUAUAACUAGUGGAAAGAUAAACAGUUUGAUAUUGCUUCAAAAUUUAUUGGAGAUUACAGUAAUAUGUUGAGUAGAAAGCAAGGCAGCAUACGCGGGGACCCUAUCCCCCUCGCUGACUACGGAGCAGAUGAGAAUCUCAAUGAUACUAUUGACAUCCAGUGGGUCAACAAAUCCUGGGUGCGCUGGGUGUUCCGGGUUUGUGCGGUUCUCAGCUUUGUUUCAGUAAGUGCCAAUACUCCCAAGACAUUCGAGACCAGCGUGGAGCUGAAAUAUGUGACCUUUGCUGUUGACCUUGUUGUGACCUUCGUUUUCACUGCAGAGAUGAUUGCUAAAAUGCACAUUCGUGGAAUGUGGAAGGGUGAGGCUCCGUACCUGAAGGACAGGUGGUGUCAGUUUGAUGGCAUUAUGGUGCUGUGUCUGUGGGUGUCAGUCAUACUGCAGGUCUUUGAAAUAACAGAAGUUGUUGACCAAAGGUCCAGUUUCUCCAUACUCCGUGCUCCACGACCACUGAUUUUUAUCAGAGUGUUUCGAGUCUUCCUCAAGUUUCAGCUGCCAAAGACGAGGAUUAAGUCCAUUUUACAACGUUCCAGCGAACAGAUUUACAGCGUGACAAUUUUCUUUCUGUUCUUCAUGUCGCUGUACGCCAUUGUGGGAGUGCAGUUCUUUGGAGAACUUAAAUAUCACUGUGUUGUCAACGGAACAGAUCCAGACAACUUCACAGUGCGUGACCUGGCUAUCCCAGACUCCUACUGCUCUCCUCACCCUGGCUCUGGUUACCAAUGUCCAGGCAAUAUGGUCUGUAUGGCACUCACCACUAACAGGAGUGAGAGGGGCUUCAACGGAUUUGAUGAGUUUGCCACCAGUUUCUUCACGGUAUAUGAGGCGGGGUCGCAGGAAGGCUGGGUCUUCAUCAUGUACCGUACUAUAGACAGCCUGCCAGCUUGGAAAGCAUUCCUCUAUUUCAUCUCCCUCAUCUUCUUUCUGGCCUGGUUGGUUAAGAAUGUGUUUAUAGCAGUUAUCAUAGAGACUUUUGCUGAGAUCAGAGUCCAGUUUCAACUUAUCUGGGGCUCACGAGGGGGCACUGCAGACUCUGACACUUCUCAGGUGCUGGAGACAGAGGGAGAGAAAUGGAAGCUAGUCACAGUGGAUGAGAACAAGCCACGAGGCCCUGCGCCACACAUCUUUCAGAGAAUCCUGAAGUCCACGCCCUUCCACAUCAGCGUCUUGGUCCUGGUGCUCGCCAACUCCAUCACCUCUGCCCUCAGGUCAUGUGACCACAGCACCAACAACUGUUUUGAUAAGAUGGACAAGUUCUACUGGGCAGAGUUGACCUUCACCUUGUUGUUUGAUCUUGAGGCAGUGUUCAAGGUCUGGUGCCUUGGUUUCCGUGGUUACCUGAAGCGUUCACUACACAAGUUUGAGCUGAUGCUGGCUGUGGGGACAUCUCUCCAUGUGGUCCCUGGCCUGUAUGAGUCCAGUGUGGCAUAUUUCUUAGCUUACUUCCAGGUCCUGAGGUGUGUCCGACUGAUCAAGGCAUCCCCAAUGCUGGAAGACUUCUGCUGGAAGAUCUUUGGACCGUUUAAGAAGCUUGGAAGUCUGGUGAUCUUCACUAUGUGUUUGCUGAUCAUCACCUCCAGUAUCAGUUUGCAGUUGUUCUGCUUUAUCCCAGACUUGGACAAGUUUGACACUUUCCCUAAGGCACUAAUGUCCAUGUUUCAAAUCCUCACUCAGAAAGGCUGGGUCGAGGUGAUGCAUGGGACCAUGAACCUAUCAGGACACUUUGCCCCGCUCGUCGCCAUUUAUUUCACUCUUUAUCAUCUCUUUGUCACACUGAUUGUGCUCAGUUUGUUUGUGGCAGUCAUUUUGGAUAACUUGGAGUUGGAUGAGGACAUUAAGAAGCUGAAACAGCUGAAGCUGCGCGAGCAAAGUGCAGAAGGCCAACAGAAGCUGCCAAUGAGAAUACGGAUAUUUGAGAAGUUUCCGGACCAACCACAGAUGGUCAAAAUGCACAAAGUGUCCUCGGAAUUUUCCACAUCUAAUGUGCGCGAAAGCUUCAUGCGCCAUUUUGUAGACGAGGGAAACACCACAGACAGCAUUCUCCCGCCACCAGAUGCCACUGUGUUUGUUGGAGAUAUGGUGGCCAAGACAGGCCCUCAGGUCAAUCUGCUGACCAGUUCUACCAUGUCCAAGGGAGGAGGACCAGGACUAAAGAAGAAUGAAGUGUCCUUUAUAAUUAGAGAGUCCAAUAGACAGAGGUUGAUGCAGGCAGACUCUGGCUCAGUACAGAUGUAUGGAGGUCUGGGGGGAGGCAAGUCUUUACUGUCCACACAGCAGCAGAUUAGGAUGGAGAGAAGUCGUUCCAUAAGAGCUUCAGUUCGCCACAGUCAUGGCCACACAAACCGUGGCAGUGUGAAGGUACACAAGAUGCCCACCAUCAGGGAAAACGGCGAUGUGGGGACCAUGGGGGUCGGGAGAAAGACUGAGGACUUCGAUAUUAAGGUUCUGCAGCAGAAAAAACAGCAGGCAGAGAUUAAGAGAACACAACAGGAGGAAGAUCUUAGAGAAAACCAUCCUUUCUUUGACACGCCCCUGUUUGCAGUGGGGAGGGAGUCUAAGUUCAGGACCGUGUGUAGGCUGAUAGUGAAGGCUCAGUAUAACUAUGUCAGCAGGGACCCUCUCACUGGGAAAGAGAUUAAGAGCAAAUAUAAACAAGUGUAUAAACUCCUGGGGCUGGUCUCCUACCUGGAUUGGAUCAUGAUCUUUAUCACCAUCGGCUCCUGUACUUCCAUGAUGUUUGAGACACCUUUCAGGAGAGUUGUCGACACAAAGGAACUCCAGAUUGCGGAGUACAUGUUUGUGAUAGCUAUGAGCAUUGAGAUGUCUCUGAAGAUAUUAGCCAAUGGUCUGUUCUUCACACCCAAUGCAGUGGUCAGCGACUUUGGUGGAGUGUUGGACAUCUUCAUAUAUGCUGUGAGCCUGAUCUUCCUGUGCUGGUUGCCCAAGGAUGUACCAGCCCAGAGCAGUGUCCAGAUGCUGCUGUUGCUGAGAUGUCUGCGUCCUCUAAGGAUCUUCAGUUUGGUGCCUCACAUGAGGAAUGUGGUGUAUGAGCUGGUCAGAGGGUACAAGGAGAUCUUGCUGGUUGCCAUCCUGUUGAUAGUGCUGAUGUUUGUGUUCGCUGCCUACGGUGUUCACCUGUUUGGAGGGAAACUGGCCAGGUGCAAUGAUCCAAAUAUUCUAUCUAAGGCGGAGUGUGUUGGAGUAUUCUUCAGAAAAAUUAAAGUCACCAAGUUGAGAAUCCCUGAUGCUGAGACCAAUGCUCCCUCUAUGUUAGUGCCUAGAGUGUGGGCCAAUCCCAGGAACUUUAACUUUGACAACAUAGGCAAUGCCAUGCUUGCUUUGUUUGAAGUGCUGUCAUUGGAGGGCUGGUUGGAGAUCAGAGAUGUCAUCAUAGAGAGAGUGGGGCAGGCCGAGUCCAUCUUUGUGCACAUCUUUGUGUUCAUUGGCUGCAUGAUUGGACUGACACUCUUUGUGGGUGUGGUCAUUGCUAACUACAGUGAAAACAAGGGCACUGCCUUGCUGACUGUGGACCAGAGGAGGUGGAUGGAUCUGAAGGGAAGGAUUAAACUGGCACAGCCUCUGCAUAUACCUCCUAAACCAGAUAACAACUGUUUCCGUGCUCUGCUCUACGACAUCACCCAGCACAGGUACUUCAAGAGGGUGAUCGCCUUCCUGGUCCUGGCCAACUCCAGUCUGCUGGCUGUCCCUUGGUUAAAGGAGCUAAAUGGGCCAGCGUCCAGUGAGGACAGUGAGAUGGCCAUCAGAGUACUGUGUGCCUUGUCGGCUUUCUUUACUUUCUUGUUUCUAUUGGAGGUCCUGAUGAAGAUGAUAGCCCUGACACCUGGUGGUUACUGGCAGAGUCGCAGGAACAGACUGGACAUGUUUGUGACACUGUUUGGGGUCAUGUGGGUGGUCAUGCAUUUCAUACCAAAGACCCACAUGGAGGAGUUUGAAUCUUUCAGCUAUACACUAGGCUUCAUGGUGGUUAUAUCCAGAUUCUUUACUAUAACAGGAAAACAUGCGCGGCUGAAGAUGCUGAUGUUGACAGUGGUUGUUUCCAUGUUUAAAAGUUUCUUCCUCAUCAUGGGGAUGUUCCUACUGAUGCUGUGUUACGCCUACGUCGGGGUAAUCCUGUUCGGUUGUGUGAAAUACGGAGAAAAUCUGGGAAAACAUGCCAACUUUGAGACUGCCUCCAAUGCGGUAGCUGUACUCUUUAGAAUGAUCACAGGAGAGGACUGGAAUAAGAUCAUGCACGACUGCAUGGUGGAUGUGCCAUUCUGCACUAGGAAUCCAGUGGGGAACUAUUGGCAGUCGGACUGUGGAAACUUCACUGCAGCUCUUCUCUAUUUCUGCAGUUUCUAUGUCAUUAUCACAUAUAUAGCACUUAACUUGUUAGUUGCUAUCAUUAUGGAGAAUUUCUCUCUGUUCUACUCCAACGAAGAGGAUGCUCUGCUCAGUUAUAAUGAUAUCCGACAGUUUCAGAACACCUGGAAUCUGGUAGACACCAACAGAAAGGGUGUGAUACCAGCCAGACGAGUGAAGUUUAACCUCCGCCUGCUGAAAGGUCGCCUGGAGGUGGACCAGGAGAAGGACAGACUUCUGUUCAAACACAUGUGCUAUGAGAUUGAGAGACUUCAUAACGGGGGAGAUGUCACUUUUCAUGAUGUGCUCAGUAUGCUGUCGUACCGGUCAGUGGACAUCAGAAAGAGUCUUCAGCUGGAGGAGCUGCUGGCCAGAGAAGAGCUGGAGUACAUGAUUGAGGAGGAAGUGGCCAAACUGACCAUUAAGAACUGGCUGGAGAAGUGUCUCAAGAGAAUGAGAACAAAAGAACAGUCUAACAUCUUGACUAACCUGCGUACCACUAACGAACCCGUGCUCACCGUCACCGAAUACAUGCAGAACACCCAGGUGGUCCGGGCGCCGACCAUGGAUGAGGGGGGCGUGGCCAGUGGUGGACGGCCAAAGAAGAAACUGGACAGGACGCCCAGUGUGGGGCAGUCCACAGGGUUACAGCCUCCUGGGCACAAGUUUCUACUCCCCACACCAGGCAAUGAGUGUACAGCUCCUGCUCCUAAGGAGGUCUCCAUGCCAGCCAUUAGGAGGAGAAAUACUGGAAAAGGACCUCAGAACACAACUCCUGCCACCACUGACAAGACAGAAGCCAAGCCUGGUGUGAGCAAACCGUUGCCCAGGCAACCGUUGGUAGAUCCGGCAACAGUGGAAGUUAGAGGAUGGUGGAGUGAACAAAUGAAUUAUGAGAGUGAUUCAGAGUCUGAGUAAAGACAUGCCUGAAAUUACAAGUGAUUCAGAGUCUGAGUAAAGACAUGCCUGAAAUUACAAGUGAUUCAGAGUCUGAGUAAAGACAUGCCUGAAAUUACAAGUGAUUUGAAAAAAAUGUCUAUGACAUUUUGUCCUCACAGUUGCUUUACGUAGAAUAUGCUGGAUAACUGAGUGAAAAGAUCUAGGUUCAGGAGGAUUCAAAAUCUUUGUUGUCUGACAAAUUUCCUGAGAUCUGAGGGAAAAAGAUCUGAAAUCAUGACAUUACACUUUUGUGUAAAACCCAGCAGUGGAGAGGAAACAAUGCGUUAUGUGUCAUGUAGUAAAUUAGAAUGAGAGUUGAGAUUGUGACGAGUCUCUCCUAACGCAAUUGCUCUCUCUGCCUUAUCUCAACCAGUGACCUUGAUGGUCCAUGUAGGUCACUGCCUCACAUUGGCAGCACUGAGGCAAGAAUACAAGCUGCUGCAGAAGGUGCCCUAGAAAAAAUUUAUC